AUGCAGUGCACUCUCCUUAAGCUCUCUUCUCGCCGUGGCAGCGCCUUUGCCACCACUCUUUUCCUCCAUGCCAACUCUCAGAACAUGGGCGCGGCGGACGUCGCGCAGCGUAUUGAAGUAGAAGAGUUUGCCAAAACCUACCAGAUGAAGCCUAUGGCCGAUCAUCCACGCUCCUCGUUCGAGUACAAGAGCAGCGCCAAGGGUGCAGAGGUCGGUGCGCGUAACGAGGCAGCGUUUAUGAACUACGAAACCUUCACUCCGCAGACACUUUCAGGACGUUUGGUGAUGCCUGGCGACAUCAAUCUCCUGACUGUCUCGCCGCUGUACUGCGCGCUACUCUGCAUUGCUGCCGCUGCAUGGGGGGUUUUCUACUGGGAUAUGUAUUGCCGAAAAAACUACGAGACUGUCCUCAUCGCUAGGCCCAAGGACAUGCAGUAA